AUCUUAGUAUUUUUAGGAUUUCUGGUUUAAUAAAAUAAAUUUGUAUUACAAUUGUGGACGUCCCAAAAUUUUGUCUAGUCAGUAUUAGUUCACUUUUGUCUCCAAACUUGGUAAUGUACUGUAUACACAUCAAGUUGAAAGAACACCUAUUACAUGAUUACAUAUUUACAAUUUCAUAUACAAGUAUGUAUAUUCUCAAAUAAAGAUAAGAAAUGUCUCUACUUCACCAGAUCAAAACUCGUCAGAGAUCUUGAGGCAGGACAAAGAUGUGUUUCAAAGAUAGCGUUAACAAUUUCAAAUUCAAAUGCAAACCAAUUGUUUUGGCAGAAUGAAAUGAAUGUAUAGUGUUUUCUAUCUAAUCAGACUGAGAUAAGGUGGCGUCUAUCUUUAGUGUGAAAGUGUCCAACAUUGAACCCCCCCCCUGUGUUUUUGGGACUUUGCACCCCAUAUGAACACAUUAGAAGUCUGUCAGUAAGUGUGUGAAUGGAUCAGACUGCUAUCGGAAAGGGCAGGAUACACAUUAACACAACCUGUGAUAGAAGAGAAGAGCCAGGGAAGUUAAGCUAUCCAUUGCUGUCCAAAACUUCACUGCGCAACCAGACCUGAAGACCUCUCACUGGAGAACAUUAAGGAUUACAUUUUCAUUGUGAGGACAUGCUUUUGGGAUCUAUACACUGGAGGUGAUCUGAACAGUGAGUGUGAGGAGAGAAAUUUAGUAAAGGUUCACAUUCACGUCUGGAAUAGAGAAUUGAAUAUUCAAUUGAGUUUUCCGAAAUGGAAAAAGAGAUGAAAGACACAGAGCUCAGGAAGAGGGUACCAUAUCACAUUCACAGAGAUGUACUGGACGAGCUCAGUGUCGACCAAGUUGCUGACAAAUCAGAUGUCAAGAUUUCAUCAAAAGAAAAACUCAAAGAUGCUGUCAGAUGUACAGGCCCACGGUUUAAGAGUUGUUUCCUAUCCUUUGUUCCUCUCCUGGCAUGGCUGCCGCGAUACCCAUUUCGAGAAAAUGUUAUUGGAGAUCUGAUAUCAGGAAUUAGUGUGGGAAUCAUGCACCUGCCACAAGGUAUGGCAUAUGCGUUGCUGGCUGCUGUCCCUCCUGUUUUUGGUCUCUAUUCCUCCUUUUACCCCAUUCUCAUUUAUUUCAUAUUUGGAACAUCCAAACACAUCUCUGUGGGUACAUAUGCAGUUAUGAGCGUUAUGAUUGGCAGCGUGACAGAGCGUUUGGCGCCAGACUCGGACUUCAUGAUGCCAGGCAAUGACACCAACAUCACCAUCUUAGACACUGUCGGCCGUGAUGCGGAGAGGGUCAAAAUUGCUGCCACUGUGACUUUCUUAUCUGGCAUUUUCCAGUUGCUCCUCGGUCUGGUUCGGUUCGGUUUUGUGGUGACGUAUCUGUCAGAGCCAUUGGUGAGAGCUUACACAACAGCAGCCGCCAUCCACGUUAUCGUCUCCCAGCUGAAAUAUUCCUUCGGCAUCAACCCACAGCGGUACAGCGGACCUUUGUCUCUUAUAUAUACAGUCAUAGAGAUUUGUGCAUUGCUUGGAAAGACUAACGUUGGUACUCUGGUAGUUAGCAUUGUAACCAUUAUUGGCCUGAUCUGUGCAAAGCAACUUAGUGCUUUGGCAGCACGCAAAAUUCCUGUCCCUAUUCCUGUUGAGCUGAUCACUAUUAUUAUCGCUACUGUGGUGUCAUGGCAGAUGGAUUUGAAGACAGAAUACAAUGUUGAAGUGGUUGGACAAAUUCCAUCUGGUCUGCAGGCUCCUGUGGCACCCGCUGUUUCACUGAUGAGUUCAAUGGUCGGUGAUGCUUUUGCACUGGCUGUUGUUGGUUAUGGCAUUGCUAUCUCACUGGGUAGAAUUUUUGCCCUUAAAUAUGCUUACAAAGUCGACAGUAACCAGGAGCUCAUAGCUUUGGGUCUGUCUAACUCCAUCGGAGGCUUGUUCAAGUGCUUUGCUAUCAGCUGCUCUAUGUCUCGUACCAUGGUGCAGGUCAGCACAGGGGGGAAGUCACAGGUGGCUGGAGCAGUUUCUGCUAUGGUAAUUCUGGUGAUCUUGUUAAAGAUUGGAGAACUCUUUGAAGAGCUGCCAAAGGCAGUGCUGGCUGCUAUAAUCUACGUAAACCUGCAAGGCAUGAUGAAGCAGUUUGGAGACAUCUGCUCUCUCUGGAGGACCAAUAAAGUGGAUAUGGUGGUGUGGGUGAUGACUUUGAUCUUGACAGUGUUGUUCAAUCCUGAUUUGGGACUGGCUGCAUCUAUCGCCUUCUCCAUCCUCACCGUCGUCUUCAGAACUCAGCUCCCGAAAUACUCUCUCCUUGGCCAGGUUCCUGGCACUGACAUCUACAGACCAGUAGAGGACUACAAUCAGGUGAAGGAGAUUCCCGGUAUAAUGAUUUUCCGUUCAUCUGCAACAUUGUACUUUGCCAACGCUGAAAUGUACAUCGAUGCACUCUAUGACAAGACUGGGGUAGACGUGGCUAAACUUCUCUCACACAAGAAAAAAUUGGAAGCAAAGAGACUCCGAAAAGAAAAGAAAGCCGCAAAGAAGGCGAAGAAAGAGGCCAAGAAAAAAGCUAAAGAAGCCGCCGUUCAAGCUACUAAGGGGGAAGAUGUGCAGUUGUCGGACACAGAUGAAAGCGGGGAGGAGCCAGAGUUGUCACACACAGGGGCAAAUGGGGAUGUUCAUGAGAUGUCAUUCAAAGAGCCUAAGGAUGUAGUAACUGUGGAGGCGGGGCCUGACUCUGACACUGACACUACGCUCCCACAGGCCAUCAUUCUUGACCUGAGCCCAGUCAACUUCCUGGAUACAGUUGCCGUGAAAACUAUACGCAGUAUCUAUAAAGAUUAUGGAGAGGCUGGUGUGCAGGUGUACUUAUGUGGCUGCCAGAGAGGCGUUGUAGAGAGUAUGGAGAAUGGUGAUUUCUUCAAUGAGAAACUAACUAAAUCGAUUCUCUUCUCAUCGGUACAUGAUGCCGUUCUUUAUUGCCAGCAAGAAAACAGCGAGGAGGUUUUGCAGGGAACACAUUUGUAAAUCCAAACACCAAACAUCAUAUGGAAAACACCCCAGAACACAAUUGUUAUUUACACAAAUAGUAUUUGUUAUUGGAUUGUUAUUUAUUGUGUAUUUCAUCUUGGGGAAGAAAAAAAAGUAAAGGAGAUGUUUUGAUGAUAAUUUGUUUUUAAAAAAUAAUAAUCACUUUUUAAUGUGAAAUGUCUAAGAAUGUGAGAAUCUGUCAUUGAGUUGUAUUGUACAAGUAACAUGUAAAUCAACUUUUGUAAUGGAAAAAAAACAAAACAAAGCAAUUCUUGACAGGCUAUUCCGGGUCAUGGCACUGUAGAGUUCCAGGUACAUUUAUGACACUGAAAUACUUGAAUGUAAACUAAGUUUCUCACAAAAUAAUUACUGGAAAGUUUUAAUAUAAAUUAUACAAUAUUUUAGCAAUUAUAUUACAGUUUAAAUGCUUGGCGUCAGUAAAAUAUCAGUCAAUAUUUCAUUUUUAAAUAAAUGCUGUUCUUUUGAACUUUCAGUAUUAAUCAAAGAAUUUAGGAGACUGAAGAAAUGAUGCUGAAAAUUCAGCUUGGCCAUCACAGGAAUAAAGUUAUUUUUAAGUGUAAUAAUAUUUCACAAUAUUACAGCAUUUUUGAUCAAAGACAUGCAACUUUGGAAGAAAAUGAUUUCAAAUACAUAUAAAAAUAUAUAUAAAUUUACUGACCCCAAAAUUUUGAUCAAACUUUUGGCCUAUUGUAAUUACCAUAUAAAAUUCAGUUUAUCUAUUUUAGUGUGUAUAAGCUAUGUAUGCUAUAUAUGUGUUAACUUUUUGUAUGCAUGUGUAUUUAGAAUCAGUGUAACUUAAAUAAACAGUCAUUUUCUUA